UCUACUCUUUUGAGGGUUUAGGCUCUUCAGCUUCUUCUCCAAGUUCAACUCUCUCUCUCUCUCUCUCUCUCUCUCUCUCUCUCUCUCUCUCUCUCUCUGUGUUUUCUUUUUUUUCUGUUCAUGGCGUUGCCCAGCUGCUCGGCGUCAUGUUCAGGCCCACUUGUCUCAGAACCCAAAUAAACCCCCAUCAAAACCCACCGUAUUUACAGCUUUGCCAUAUAACGACACCCAGCCUGGCUCCUCCUUGUUUAUCCAACUGUGGGAGUAAGCUCGGCAGAGUUACAGAGCUCAUCAUGGCUAUGGGGGUCUCCUCGUCCUCCUCCUUCCAAACCACCAUCCCUUCUUGGCCGCGCUCUUCCAUUCUUGUUGCUUCCUCUUCUUGCUCGUUCUUCUGGGCUUCCUCUAAACCUCUCCACAGUAGAGAACUCUGCACAAUGCGGACUUCAAGUGUUACAUUGCUUAGUAGUUCCCUUCAACUUAAACGAGAUAUGUUCUCUAACGCCAGUUCAUUGGUUGAAGGAAGUCCCUUAGCAGGGGGAAACACAUCUAGCUUAAGGGUUGGGAUCAAAAAGGAAUGGAGCAAAGAGGCUGAAAGGCUGCAAAGAGAGAAAAUGAAAGUCCUUGGUAUUAAGUCUACCAAAGAAAAUGUGGCAAAAUAUGCCAAAGAAAAGAUUCAGGGUGUUUCUGUUGAUGAAGUGCAUGGCUUUAGGAAAGAAACAAUGAUCCAGACACAAAACUCAAGGAACAAAAUCCUGUCAAAUUUUGAGGAUGGGGGUACGAGGCUACCAUGUGAACCCCAUGGUCAGGAUGAAAGAUUUUCUCAAAAUGGAAAAUUUGAUGUUGUUACAGAGAAUGGUGCUCCAAGUGGGAUGGCUUAUGGCAACAACAAAAGUGUUGGUGUGAAGAAGGUCAAUGGUCAAACCAGUGAUGGUUCAAGACAAUUGGGAUUGUCCUCUACUAAAAGUUUAGAGAAGGUUGUCAAGUUCAAUGGGUCAAAGUCAGGGAAGCUUAUGGAGGCCAGGCCUAAUGGGUCAAAAUCAAUGAAGACUGUGAAGCCCAAGCCUAAUGGAUCAAAAUUGGGGAAGAUUGUGGAGGGCACAAGAAAGACAAAUUCGGAAGCUAAUGUGGAAGAAGCUUCUGUUGUGAUUAAUAAGGAUUCAGCUAAAUCUGAAGCCUCUCGGCCAAAUAUUCAUUCACGGCUGACUAGCAUAUAUGGUAAAGUUCUUGUUGUGAACAGUAUAUCCGUUGCAAAGAAAAUCGUUCAAAAGCUUACAAGUCAAUACAGGCAUCUUGUUCAUGCAUGUGACACAGAGGUGGCUAAGAUUGAGGUGAAGCAAGAAACUCCUGUUGAUCAUGGUGAAAUAAUAUGUUUCAGUAUUUAUUCUGGACCAGAAGCAGAUUUUGGAAAUGGGAAGUCCUGUAUCUGGGUGGAUGUUCUUGAUGGUGGAGGCAAGGAACUUUUAAUUGAAUUUGCCCCAUUUUUCGAAGACCCCUCUAUUAAGAAGGUUUGGCACAAUUACAGCUUUGACAACCAUGUUAUAGAGAACUACGGGCUUAAGGUUUCUGGUUUUCAUGCCGACACAAUGCAUCUGGCUCGUUUAUGGGAUUCAUCAAGGCGAAUAAAAGGUGGUUAUUCUCUUGAAGCACUGACAGGUGAUCCAAAAGUCAUGUCUGGGGCACAACUGUGUGAUGAAAUAGAGUUAAUUGGUAAAGUAUCAAUGAAAACCAUAUUUGGCAAGAGAAAAUUGAAAAAAGAUGGAAAACCAGGAAAGAUUGUCACUAUUCCCCCUGUUGAAGUGCUUCAAAAAGAAGAGCGGGAACCAUGGAUUUGUUAUUCUGCCUUGGAUGCAAUAAGCACACUUAAGCUCUAUGAGAGUUUGAAAAACCAUCUGUCCAUGAAGCCAUGGCAAAUUGAUGGAAACCUUGCUCCUGGAAAAACCAUGUUCAAUUUCUAUGAGACUUACUGGCAACCAUUUGGUGAGAUUCUAGUUAAGAUGGAAACUGAGGGAAUGCUGGUUGAUCGGGAAUAUCUUGCUGAGAUGGAGAAGUUGGCCAAAGCUGAGCAGGAGGUUGCUUCUAAUAGGUUCCGGAAGUGGGCUUCCAAGUAUUGCAAAGAUGCCAAAUACAUGAAUGUGGGAAGUGAUGCACAACUACGUCAGCUUUUGUUUGGUGGGACUCUGAAUAGUAAGGACCCAAAUGAGAGUCUACCAGAGGAAAGGGUUUUUAGAGUUCCAAACAUUAAUAAAGUGGUUGAAGAUGGCAAGAAGGCUCCCACAAAGUUCCGCACUAUUAAAUUGCGUAGUAUCGGUGUUAAAUUGUCAACUGACUUGUAUACAGCAACUGGUUGGCCUUCAGUUAGUGUUGAUGCUUUGAAGGUUCUUGCUGGGAAGGUAUCUGCUGAUUUUGAUAUUGUGGAUGAUGCUGAAGAGUCACAGUUUGAUGAUGAUAUUGGAAAUGAUUAUAAGGCAGCAACUGAUGUCUCAGAAAAAGAAGAACCAGAGGAGCCUAAAGCUGUGGACUCAUCUGCUUAUGGAACAGCUUUUACAGCUUUUGCAGAUUCUAAGUUGGAGGAGGAGGGAAGGGAAGCUUGCCAUGCCAUUGCUGCUUUGUGUGAGGUUUGCUCCAUUGAUUCACUGAUAUCCAACUUCAUCCUCCCACUACAGGGCAGUAAUAUAUCUGGAAAGAAUGGGCGUAUUCAUUGUUCAUUGAACAUCAACACAGAAACUGGGCGCCUAUCAGCUAGGCGACCAAAUCUGCAGAAUCAACCUGCUUUGGAGAAAGACCGGUAUAAGAUCCGUCAGGCAUUCAUAGCUGCACCUGGAAAUUCCCUUAUUGUUGCUGACUACGGACAGCUGGAACUUAGGAUUCUUGCUCAUCUUGCCAAUUGUAAGAGCAUGCUGGAUGCAUUUAAAGCUGGCGGAGAUUUUCAUUCAAGAACUGCAAUGAAUAUGUACCCUCAUAUUCGUGAAGCCAUUGAGAAAAAGCAAGUGCUUCUUGAGUGGGAUCCUCAACCUGGCGAAGAGAAACCUCCAGUACCAUUGUUGAAGGAUGCCUUUGGUUCUGAAAGAAGGAAAGCUAAAAUGCUUAACUUUUCCAUUGCAUAUGGGAAAACUCCAGUUGGACUUGCUCGGGACUGGAAGGUUUCUGUAGAGGAAGCAAGAAAAACUGUUGAACUCUGGUACAAUGAAAGAAAAGAAGUGUUGACCUGGCAAGAAGAACGUAAAAAGGAAGCUGAAAGAGAUGGAUGUGUUCGCACAUUGCUAGGACGGGCUCGCUGUUUUCCUUCAAUGCGGCAUGCUACUCGUUCUCAAAGAGGUCAUAUUGAAAGGGCUGCUAUUAAUACUCCUGUUCAGGGUAGUGCUGCUGAUGUAGCCAUGUGUGCCAUGUUAGAAAUAUCCAAUAACGAAACUUUGAAGGAGCUUGGGUGGAGGCUUCUUUUACAGGUUCAUGAUGAAGUGAUCUUGGAAGGGCCAUCGGAGUCUGCUGAGGUCGCCAGGGCUGUAGUUAUAGAGUGCAUGUCCAAACCCUUUGGUGGUGUAAAUUUCCUUAAAGUUGACCUUGCCGUUGAUGCCAAGUGUGCACAAAACUGGUAUUCUGCAAAGUAAAGAGCCUCUUGUGUUCUGAGGUCACCUUUUCAAAUUAUGGAUCAUGGAUUCUCUCGGAUAAGACUGCACAAUCAUCUGAUCAGCUGGAGGCCUUAACAUGACGUAUCUGUUUUCUUGGCUGGUGUGAAAUUUUCUGUCGCCUUCACAUUUCAACCAAGGAUUACUUCGUGAGAGGGUUUCAACCAUUAUACCAGAAAGAGGCUUUCAACCAUUUUACCAGAAAGGAAAAAAAAAAUAGAAACUUUGCUACUUUGUCGACAUCAUAUGUUUCUUAGACCAUGGGGAUGAGGAGGCCGAUGGAGAAGCAUGCCUUGUAUAUAAGAAAUUGUAAACCUCUAAUAGGUUAAUUGUUUUUCUUGUGUAAUUAUUAUUGUAAUAUCAUUUUUUUCUCCGCAAAAAAAAGUGGCAUGUUCAACUACCUUUCGCUAUAUUUGAUACGUUGUGUUUUGUUUCUUA